ACUUUUCCUUAAUCGUACCAGGCUGCCUUUCCCACCAGCCGGCCAAAUGGUCCACGGACUGCUAUUCAAUAUAUCCAUGGUUAAACCAGCAUGCAAAUAGCACACGCCGCCAAUUGGGGCCCAUUCGGAAGCAGAAGGCACUGCCUAGCUGCCCUCGGAUAGCUAGCAGAGCGACCACGGAACCGCCUGUCUUCGGUAGCCCAUAGCCCUUGGUGCGAGCGUCACGUGUCAGAUAACGCAUGGCAACACCGCGUUGUAAUUAUCGUGUCCCCCCUGCUUCUACCCGGACGAAAGCUGCACCCGGGGAGAAUAUAUGUCUGUGAUAACGAGUGUUCAACUGAUCGCGACUACUAGCGCUCUCCAGCGGGACAGAAUCACAACCGUGACCUUGAACCGAGCCCUUAAAAAUUAUAUUUAUGGAGUAAAGCGCCCAAACCAGGCGGUCCGAGAGUACAUGCCCUCCGCUCCUGGGACAAGACCCCACCCGCCGGAUGGAGCCGGCACGCACCGAGGGAGAUGCCGGGAAGACGGAGCCUUUCGAAGCCGUGUUCGUGACCGUCAAGACAGAGCUGCCGGACGAGGACGACGCUGGGACGUGGGUGGCCUGCAGUGCUGCCAACGCGGCGGUGAAGGAGGAGCAGGCCACCCACGCAGGUGUGUGGCAGCUGAGAGCAGCGCUGGUGUGUCCUGUGCCUCGGCUCGUACUGCCCUCCGGAAUGUCGACAGUCACGGAAACAGCAGUGCAUAUCGGCACUUGGAGGAGGAUGAGACACAGCAUGCCAAGGCCCUUGGGUUGGAUCGCGAGUUGACGCCUCGGUCUGGCUGCUCGCUCAAGCCGGCUUGGUUACAGGCGUGGAGUUUGGGCUUGGAGAAGAAACACCAGGAAGAGAGAGUACCCGCGUCUCACGAGACGCUCGGAUCCCCGGCUGCAAACACCACCACCACGGAGAAGUGCUUCGCUUGUUCGCUGUGCUACGCCAAGUUUGCUCGGGAGGAUCACCUGAGCAUUCACAUGAGAACACACAGUAGUGAGAAGCUAUUCCCUUGUUUGAUAUGUUCAGCCAAGUUCAGGGUAAGGAGUUUCCUCAAUGAUCAUGUUAAAACGCACACCAGCGCAAAGUUGUUCUCAUGUUCCACAUGUUCAGCACAGUUCAAUGUGAAGAGUUACCUGAAUGAGCACAUCAAAACACACGCUGGUGAGAAACUGUUUGCGUGUUCAGAAUGUUCUGCUAAGUUCACUACACUGAUUGGGCUUAAUGUCCACAUGAGAACCCACACUGGUUGAAACGCGUCUCACGUGAGUUGGGCAUGUGAAUCGCCAUGACUCGCAACUGCUUGGUUUACCCUGACAGGAAGAAAAUUACAGGUAAAUUAUUAAUAUAUUUCAUACCGAACCUUACAAGCUAUGUGAUAUACGUGGAUGGCGUUUACAUUUACUAUGGCCAUAAUAAUUUUAGUUCUAGAUUUUUUUUUUUAAACUCUGGGGUUGUCCACUGUUCACUGUGCAUUUUGUGGUAUUUAAGUUAGGAGAUUCCGGCAUCACGUUGUACCGGGAAAUUUGUACAAGACUAUUUAUUAUGUAUUUAAAGUAUAAUAAAAUUACUAUUUUAGUGAUAAUAUUUUGUUUAAUCUUACUGAAACCUUGAAAUAUUGUUUUUUUUUUUUUUUUUUUUUUUUUGUUUUAAGGUGGAAUUAUGUGUUCAACUACUUUUAGUAAAGUUUCAUAUUAUUUUCAUGAAUAAUUCUCCUUGCAUAGCAUCUUGAGAUGGUCUGACAUGGUAUGGCUGUUACCUAGGUAGCACUAAGUUGAAAAGUUUAAUUUUGUUUUUGAAUUUUUGAAUGUACACCUAUUUUGCUUGAGGUAAAUUUUUCGGUUGUUGUAAAAAUAGUUUAUUUGUGCAAUGUAUGUAAUAGACAUCGUAAUGUGGCAUGAAGGUGUAUAUGUUAGACAAAAAUAGUAUUUAAAAAUCCUGAAAUUAUCUGCGUUGUGUGUUAUAAACACUUAAACUAUGAACAUUGAAAAUCGCAGUUUAGUCUACAGGUUAAAGUCAGUUAGUUGUCCAUGUUGGAUGUCACAACGAAAUAAUAUAUGUAGAAUCUGUUGAUGAUUACAAGUUUUAGAGCAUUAUUUGCACGAUUAGAAGAUAAGGAAUUUUAAGUAAAGAUGUUAAACAUAAUUUUGUGUAACUAGAAUUGUUUUCUGGUGUGUAUUAAAAUGUGAUAUCAGAUUUACAAUAGAAGUACCUUCAGUAAGAAAUUACUACAGAGUGGUGGUUCCAUUGGCUAAGCUAGCAUGAUAGAAGUAGUGUACCCACUUUUAUCACAUAAUAGUCGCUCUCGUGUAAUCGUCGCACCCAUAUUUUAGGGCAUCAAAAUUUGGAUAAAAAAAAACUCUCGCGUAAACAUCACAUUAUGUUUUUGGUUCCGCUAUUAGAUUCAGAGCGCUUUGUGUGGAUAUUUUUUUCCAUAUGAAACAAUUUAUUUUGAAAUAGAAAUCUAAUAUUUAUUCGGACAUUACCUCUUACUUUUUAAUUAACUGAAAUACGAAGUUGUCUGAUGUGUAAAUUUUCUUGUAAAGACUUUUUAAACAUUAUAACCUUCAUCUGUUCCUCUGUGUCGCCGCGGUGUACCGCUUACAAAAAUUUAGCCAGCACUUGUAAUCAUUAAUAUUUAGUUAUGUUGUUUGCCGUAUAGAGCGCGCAAACGUAGUUGAAUAUCAAUAUCUCGCAAUAUCUAUAGUUGAAUAUCUAUCAAUUGCCAAGUUAACUACAUAUGAUGGCCCGUACUCUUUCGUGGUGUGUACUACGAUAGUUACACGUUCGUUCGGCUUAGAUUUGGAUCACAGAAUUUUGUUUUUUUAAUUAAAUUUGAAGAAAGGUUUUUGUUGCAUGACGUAUUAAUUUAAAUUGUUUGGCGUGCUCUUUUAUACUUAACUUUUUAAAUAAACGUACUUUCCAUGAAUGGGUUUUGUUUUUGUUUUUAUAAAUAACUUUAUCUAACAAAAAAAACUUAUUCCGCAUAAUCGUCGCACCCCUACUUUUCAAACUUGAUUUUAGAAUAAAAUGUGCUACGAUUAUGCGAGAAAACACAGUAAUUUUUCAGACCAAAAGUGCAUGAGAAGGAUCACUUGAGACAAAAUCAUGUAGCUUUAGUAAGCUAAGCUGUGAUGUCUGUUUGAACUGUUCUUUCAAGGCUGCAGACUGAACACUUUUCAUUUUUCUCAGUAACUUUUCAACAGCUUCUGGAAAAAUUCCUUUUGUUAGAACUUCCAAUGAAAUUUGAAGCUUCUGAAGCUUUGAAUAGAGGAGGUGGGCAGUUGGGUAGGAGGAUCCCUCCAAAAAGUUUGUGUCAACAAAGCAGGCACAAUUUUCAGUGACAAACACACACUGAGCUUUAAGGGCUUGUAUCUCAGUUUCAGGCAGUCCCUUUAUGAAUUUUACACUGGCAUUAUUUUCUUCACUCAAUUUAUUGUUCAAAGAAGCUAACAACAACGUUAUGCAGGUGAUCAGCCAGGUAGAAAACAGCAUGAAACCACGUGUACCAUCGUGUCACAAUGGGCAAUGGAAACAUCUUCAUGUUAUCUUUUCCAUUCUUGUCCCUCAAAAAGUUGAGGUAGGCAUGCCGUCUCUUUCGUGUGUUCAAAAAAGCAUUUUUUUACCUUGAUCACAAAGAGGUUUAAAUCCUCCAAACUGUUCUGCCAGAUCUGCCCUACCAGAUUGGUUUUAUGUGCCCAGCACUGCACGUGGUACACAUGUUCACAAAAUAUACUGACGUCGACCGGGGCUACGCCCUCCAUGAGCCCGAUGUGCCUCAUGCAGUCGCCAUCCCUCUCCUCCCACCACCACCCUCGAUUUCAAACCUCCCGCCCUGUGUGCAGGUGUGUGUGUGUGUGCGUGAGGCUGCCGACAAGAGGCGAGAGUCGAGUCUGUGCCACGAACCCUUUUGUUUUAUCAUUCAAUUUUAAUGUUUACGUAAUUGCUACCUGUCUUUUCUUUAAAUAAUAUUCCCUACAGAUAAUGUUUGCAGUGCUAGUGGUAAGGACGGCACAGCGCCCCAUGCGGCAGGCAGUGGAACUACCCGCAACCAGUUUGAACCAUAAUCCCAAUUAAAAUAAUUAAUACUCAACAUAAAUAAUUAAGGAAACCUUGGUAUAAUUUUAUUAUAGUAUUUUUAGUGUAUUUGUUUUAGUUAAAUAAGUGGUAAUAAAUAACAGGAGAGACUAACGGUAAAUCCAGCGCUUUUCUGGCCGCCAUGCUGCCCUGGCCUCUUGAGUUGCUUCUGUUCGUCACCCGGGGUAGGACGCUUGGUGAGCAUCGUGCAACUUCAUAUUUUUUUUCAAUCAACUGAUCUCUUAACAUCCGCCGGACUUUUCAUAAUUCUUAAAACCUUUUUGAAUCUGCGAGGCCUACUCCGGGUGGCCGACUCGUUUUAAUAAAUAUUUAAGUUCAUUUCGAACAUUUAACCACGAACCACGUCCUAAACUCACGAGGCCAGGCCACGAGGUGACCUGGUCAGCCUGUAAACUGAUUCUUUCCCGCCGUUGGCGCUUUUAACAGUUUCAUUGAGGGAAUGUAGAUGAAGCGCAAUUGGAGACGUGUUGUAACGUUGCUGGAAUAAAAGGAGUACGUCGAACUUGUGAUUUUUAGUCGAGUGACCACGUGUCCCUGCUCCUGAACCUCGAGGCGUGUGGGACGCCUUAAGAGCCCACUGGAGCGAUAUCGUGUGCUAAGGGAACGGGGCCUAGCCCUACACGGGCCCGUCACGCCCUGAAGGGAGUCUCCGCCGGGUCCACGUGCCCACAUCACGUGGUGGCGCCCACUCCGACAUUUCAUUUGUUCGUUCCCUUACAUCCCUAGUACGACAAUACCUUUCAAAGUGCUUGCAGAUCUGGUCAUAGGUAUAUCUAGCACCGUCAGUUACAUAUGCAACUAUGUUUUCUUCUUUGAUUUCAUACUUGGUGCAUAUGUCAAUCAUAGCUUUCGAGCAGUUGACAGCAUUAGCAGCUUCAAGUACAUAUGAUGCUCCAAGUAAAAUGCUAUGUUCUGCCCCUGGUUGCAAUAUCUGGAAAAGAAUAUUGAACACACAGUUAUUUGCUUUAUCUGUGGUUUCAUCUGCCAUAUUACGACUUUCUGGUCUGCCACUUUUUCUCUGAUCUCUGCCUCUUUCUUAUCCCUUAAAAGAGGAAUAUAUUUUUUUCUUACCCAGUCUGCACUAGGUAUAUCACCAGCACCACUGACAUGUUUUGCUACCCAUUCCCUAAGUUUGCAGUUGUCCAGUUUCUCAACAGGAAUUCCAGCCGCAGUAAAUGUUUCAACUGUUUCCAGUACAAAUUCAUCUUUUUGUUCCUUGGCUCGUUUUAGCACUGGCCCUGCCUCAUCAAUUGAAAGCUGCCGUUUUGAAGUUUGUUGCCUUUGCUUCCCACUUUUGUGUCUCUCUGACUGAAUGUGUUUGUUUAAUGUAUCUUUCCUUUCAAACUCUAAACGACAGUCGCAAAAUUUACACAUCAGUAUUUUACUACCACUCACAUAAAACCCUUCUUUUAAAAAUUCUGCUGCACGUGCAGCCACUGUUGGUUUAUUUUUAGGCAUUUUUUAGUUUGUUACACAAUGUUGCUACCUUUUCCUAAGACAGUAACGCAGAAAAAAAAAAAUCCACAGAAACUUAACGAACGUAAAAAGUUUUAAAAUGUAAUGAAAAUAUAAUUCAAUUUAUGUUGCAGCACGGUAAAUACGCCACGGACGCUGUAAAAUGCAUUUUUUUUAGGCUGAGUCUGCUGCCACUUGAGUCCGAGUCGGACAUCACUGCUGCCACUCCGGUAUGACGUCACUGCU